CUAAUUGUAAAGCAAACCCCACUUUGGAAUGGAUACCCAUUCAUAAUACAAAGAGAAACAAAAAUGGAUAACCAGAAUGCCCAUCUCCCUCUUCUUCUUCAUUCACCUUUUCUUCUCCUUUUUCAUCAUCAUCAGUUGCUGUGAUCAGCAUUCAUCCACACGCCAUGCCUUCCCGACCCUUCCCUUCUCCAGGUCCCAGUUUUUUCACCAAAACCAGAGUCCUGUUCAUAGCACUGACCCUUUCAGCUUCUAUUGUGAUUUUCUGUUCUGUCCUUUACUUCCUUUACCAUCUGUGGCAUUCUCUUCUACACAGAACCAAAACUAUACCCUUUGAUGCAAGUGAUCCCUUGAAGCUCCUGAGAUUCUCAUACAAAGAUUUAAAGCAAGCUACCAAUGGCUUUGACACUGCCAAUGUCAUUGGUAAAGGUGGGUCUGGCACAGUUUUUAAGGGAAUGCUUAAAGAUGGAAACUUGAUUGCUGUCAAGUGCCUAGACUCUUUCUCUUUGCAGACAGAGAGAGAGUUUCAAAAUGAGCUGCAGAUUCUUGGAGGGCUAAGAUCGCCAUUCCUGGUGACCCUUUUGGGGUAUUGUGUGGAAAAGAAUAAAAGGGUCUUGGUGUAUGAGUAUAUGCCUAAGAGAAGCUUGCAAGAGUCCCUCUUUGGAGAUGAGUGUUUGAGUUUGAGUUGGGAGAGAAGAUUUUGCAUAAUCAUGGAUGUUGCUAGAGCAUUGGAGUUCUUGCACCAUGGAUGUGAUCCUCCAGUGAUCCAUGGUGAUAUCAAGCCAAGCAAUGUUCUACUUGAUGCAGAGCACUGUGGAAAGAUCUCAGAUUUUGGGCUGUCAAGGAUUAAGGUGGAGGGUGAUUAUGGUGUGGACUUCUUUAGCCAGGACCUAUGUAAAAGCCAAGAACUUUCAGGUAAUAUAACUGCAGAAACUCCUGUUAUUGGUACUCCAGUUGAUAGUGUUAAUGAAGUAGAUUUUGCUCAAGCUUUGCAAGCUUCUUCUUCAUCCAAAAAUAGCAGGACCUGUUAUAAUGCUAGAACUUUGAACUUGGAUUCUUUGAGUUAUAAUGCCAAAAUUGCCAGUGAAAGUGAAAGUAAGACUGUAAAUGCAAAGGGAAAGGAAAUUUCAACAGUGGUGGAUAUAGGAGAGGAUGAUUGGAAUAAUGAGUUUGUUCGUUGUGAUGAUGAGUUUUCUAGCAUUGAUCAUAGUAAGGAGUUGACUGGUAAUGCUUCUUUGGUAAAGGAUUGGUGGUGGAGACAAGAUGAAAGUGGAGAACUAUGUAGUAAAGACUAUGUCAUGGAGUGGAUAGGGAGUCAGAUUUGUCCAUCAAACGCUGAUUGGGAUGAUGGUCAGAACAAUGCUCAGGAGAAAGCAGAAUUGGAAAAUUCAAGUCCAAUGAAUAAAGCCAAUGAUGAUGAUGCUAAUGGACCCCAACUACAGGAACAUGGUAUUGGUUAUACAAAUGUUGUGUUUGAUAAGAAAGAACCAAAGGAGAAGAAGAAUCAAAGGAAGAUGAAAGAGUGGUGGAAAGAAGAGCAUCUUGCUGAAUUAAGCAAAAAGACUAGUAAGAUGAAAAGUCUUAAAACUAAGAGGAAAAAAGGCUUGAAAGUGCCCCAUUUUGAUUUGGGUAAAAGGUUUUAUCUUUGCCAAGGUAAGAACUGUGGAGAGCAGGGUCAGAAUGAAUGUGAUCAAAAUGGGGAGUUUAGCUUCAGAAGAGGUUUGAAGAAAAAAAGCACUCGUUCCAUUGGAAGUGACAUGUGGAGUGGAGACCUUUUCAGCCGGGAGCUCAGCAGCACAACUAGCAUGAGAGGGACACUGUGUUAUGUAGCACCAGAAUAUGGAGGGUGUGGGUUCUUAAUGGAGAAAGCUGACAUUUACAGUUUUGGAGUUUUGGUUCUAGUAAUUGUGUCAGGUAGAAGACCAUUACAUGUUCUUGCAUCCCCCAUGAAGCUAGAGAAAGCUAACUUGAUAAGCUGGUGUAGGAAUUUAGCUCAAGCUGGUAACAUUUUAGAGCUAGUAGAUGAAAUAUUGAAAGAAGAUUACAGCAAGGACCAAGCAAGCUUGUGCAUCAACUUGGCACUAACUUGCUUACAGAAAAUUCCAGAGUUGCGGCCAGAUAUCCGGGACAUUGUUAAGAUUUUGAAAGGCGAAAUGGCCCUUCCACCACUUCCAUUUGAGUUUUCUCCUUCUCCACCUUCUAAAUUAUACAGCAGAUCAAGGAGGAAACAGAAGGGGAAUGCUGAAUAGGUUUUGUAAUAUUGAAGGUUUCUUGUAAAGAUCAUGUAAAGAUGAGAGCAGUAUGGGACAGAUCAUUAAAAAUGUUUGCAUUUGGGACCUAAUAGUAAUACACUUGCUGUGAGAUUUAUGUUUAAAAUGUAUAUCAGAUAAGUUAUUUGUGCAUUUCUCCAAUAAAAGUUGCAUCAACUUGAUUUGAUGACUCAA